AUAGACGAUCAUUUAUGCAUUUGUUUUCAGAAUUUUCUAAGGACAUGUUAGAAUCUAGCACAUUAUUUAUAAAACACUUCCCCGCUGAGCUUUCACCAAAUGAUAGAGAAGAACUUCUUCAGCUUGUGGGUGCUAUCAAGGUUCGCGUGAUGCCCGACAAAGGGAGAAUGAAGUACACUGCUUUUGCAACUUUUAAAGAUCAUGGUGAUGCAAAGCAUGCUCUUUCUUUAUUGCACCAGAGGAAAAUCUUAGACAGGACUUUGACUGUUGAGUUUUCAAAGCAUCACCAUGAAGAUUUUAUACCACAAAUUGGUGAACUUCCUAAUGUUCAAAAAUUAUCAAAAGAAGGUCCGGUUAAGUCAUCUGAAAAAGAAAAUCUUCGUUUGGAGAUGGAAGACUUUUCGAAACAACUACAUGGUGUUGCUCCAUCGUUGGGACUAGAUUAUUUACCUUCCCCACUGCUUAAGUAUAAGUAUCCAGCACCAACUCCUACUAUUAUACAGAAUAUAAGCCAUGCAUUAGCAUCUGUUCCUAAAUUUUAUACCCAAGUUUUACAUCUAAUGAAUAAGAUGAACCUGCCAGCCCCUUUUGGGCCCUUGACCCCUGCUCCCCCCUUGGCACCUGAUCUGUCUAAAGUUCCUGGUGGGGAAGAUUCUUUAACAGUUGAAAAUAUGGAAGUUACUUCUUCAGAAGAAUCUGAAUAUGAAAGUGAGAAAGAAGAGGGAUAUGUGAAACAGGAAGAAAAAAUAAUUCCAGAAAAUCAGGUUUUGAAGAAACCAAAAAAGAAGAGAAAGGCAAAACUCAAUCUGCCAUCAUUACCUAAUCAGUCAGCUAAGCGGCAACGCACUGAGCCAUCGGAAGUGUUUGACUCGCAACCUCUUAGUCAGAAAAAAAUAAAUAUGAAAAAUAUUGAGCAAAUCAUUCCAGUGGAUCCAGUAACAUCUAUAGAACCUACUGGUGGAUUUGGAGAAAUAGAACCAGCCAAAGAGUCAAAUGAAGGAGAAAAUGAAGAGAGCGAGCCUACGGAAGAGACGUGGUAUAAUUCAAAAUGUAUUACGAUAGAGGAAUUGAAGAAGAAAAGAAUGUCUUCUCGAGAGAUGAAAACAUUGUCAAUUUUCCGAAACUAUUCUCCUGGGGAGCCAUCUUGUCGGUUAUAUAUCAAAAAUCUUGCCAAACAAGUCAACGAGAAAGAUUUACGGUAUAUUUUUGGCCGAUUUAUUGACAGAACUUCUGAAAAUGAUCGAAAUAUGUUCGAUAUAAAACUCAUGAAAGAAGGUAGAAUGAAAGGUCAAGCUUUCAUAAGCCUUGCAAAUGAAGUUCAGGCCAAAGAGGCUGUUAGAGAGACUAAUGGGUUUAUUCUGCAUACAAAACCUUUAGUUGUACAGUUUGCAAGAUCGGCAAAACCCAAAGAAGACAAAAAAGAAAUAAAAAAUGAGCCCAAACUUUAAUUUGCUGUAGUUUUUAAAUGACUUGUAUUUUAUCUUCAGGGUUCCCACAUAAUCAGGAAAUAUUGCUUUCUUGUAGCCGAAACUUGGAAAAUAACCAAUCUUAAUAGUCAUGGUUACAGUAAAAUGAAAAUAUGGUUUAAAGUAAAGAAAUUUAACAGCUGUUUCAAUUAUUUCUUUUAAAAAUUUCAUUGCAAUAUUGUUCAAUUUCUUUCAAUCAGAAUGUAAAUUUGUAUACUUAUACUCUGUAUAAAUUAACCUUGAGUUUUAAUCACUUCUGAGUCUAAUUAAACUGUAUUGCAUUGAAACUUUUUAAAUUUAAUAAAUUAUUGUGCAAACUAUUACUUUUAUUUAUAAUUUAUGUCUUAUAAAACUUAUAUAUCAGACCUUAACCUAAUGAUAUUCCCAUCUUACAAAAUGCAAUAUCUUCUAGCAAUAAGUUAAGUGUUUCAUUACUCAAUGCAUUGUGCGUUUUUAAAUUGUAUAAAUUAUUGUUUUUAUUUGUAUUUUAUAUAUUUAUGUAUAUUAAAAUUUACAUAUUAAACCUCAACCUAGUGAUAUUCCCUUCUUUCAAAAUAUAAUCCGAUAUAUUUCCUACCAACGAGUUUACUAAGUUUUUUUUAAGGGGGGAGGGUACUCAAUAAAAAAGUAUGUUUCUCAUGAAAUAUUACAGAGCAAAUGUUGCUUAAGUAAUGUUGUUUAAUAAUGCUAUUGCUUGAAAUAUUGCUGUUUAUAAUGUAUAUAUAUCAUAAAAUCUACAUAUUAAAUUUCAACUUACUAAUGUUCUCAUCUUAAAAAUGUAAUAGUUGACUUAUUUUAUAAUCAAGCAGUAAGUUUUUUUUUAAUUGCCGAAUUAAAGAAAUUAUACAUUUUAGAUAAUUAUUGCAGCGUAUAAUGAGAAUAUGGUCUGGAAUUUUUUUUACCUCAAAAGUUAAAUGGUUGUAAUCUCUGAAAAUUUGGGGAGAUUUUUUUCUUUUUUAAAAAAAUUGAGUGGGAACCCUGAAUUUUCUUUCUCUUCAACAGUUUCUGAUUGCAAGAAAAUGGUGUCUGUGAAAUUGCUAUUUUUUGCCAGAGCUAGAGAGAUUGUAGGAAUGCAGGAGAAACAAAUCACCAUGCCCCCUGGGCCAUAUACGUCUCAUUCAUUACUAGAAGAAGUUGUCAACCACUUUGAUGAAUUGAAAUCGAUAGCUGCUUCGGUGAUGUUAGCACUGAAUGAAGAAUACAUUGAUAACUCAAUCAAUUUCUACUUAAAAGAUGGAGAUCAUUUAGCCAUAAUUCCUCCUCUUAGUGGUGGCUAACAUAUCCAUAUAAAUAAUUCAAAUUAGUGAUGUAUGCCUGAAAACUGUAAAUUAAUUUCUUUAAAAAUAUACAGAUGUUAUUUUUAAUUACAGAUAAUUAUGAGGAUUGGGUCAAUUUAUGUAUAUAAGAGAAUAAACUUCACUUUUUAUUAAAUUUUUCUACAUUUAAUAAAAAUGUUUUCAUUACUG